GCUCUGUCUUAUGACUGCUGUGGUGGUUUGCUUCGUUGCUAGCACGGUUUCGGCAGUGGAGGUCGAUCUUCCACCGUUUCGUUUUGGUGCUCCUCCCUACUCCGGGAGGCAUCACCUUCCUCCUCCACCAAGACAUCACUACAACUCUCCUCCGCCAAUAAGAUAUUAUCAUUACAAGUCUCCUCCACCGAGAAGAUACAAGCAUAAGUCACCGCCACCGCCAUCACCUCCUCAUCUUCCAUACCAUCGCAAGUCUCCUCCGCCAUCAUCACCUCCUCAUCACCCCUAUCACCACAAGCCUCAGCCGCCACCAUCACCAUUGCGAAAACCACCAUUCUACCAUUACAAGUCACCUCCUCCACCAACUCCAUCUCGUCAUCCUCACCGUAGGUCACCACCAACUCCAUCUCAACAUCCUCGUCAUAAAUUACCUCCUCCAUUGUCACACAAGUCGCCACCUUCAUCUCAACCUCCUCGUCACAAGCCACCACCUCCUCCUCCCAAGUCACUACCUCUUCCACCAUCAGUCAUUUACAAGUCACCACCUCCUCCUCGCAAGUCAUCACCUCCACCAUUGCUCAUUUACAAGUCACCACCUCCGCUAUCUCAAGCUCCUCCUCACAAGUCACCACCGCAUCCAUCUCAAGCUCCUCCUCGCAUGUCACCACCUCCUCCACCAUCACUCGUUUACAAGUCAUCACCUCCUCCGCCAUUACUCAUUUACAAGUCACCUCCUCCUCUAUCUCGACCUCAUUAUAAGUCACCACCUCCUCCAAUACCAACAAUUCCUCCCCCGUCACCUCCAUCCCCAUCUUCCUCCUCAUCUCCUCCCCAUGUUUCUAACUCACCACCACCACCUUUCCUCUCUCCUCCUCCAUCUUCAAUUUACAAGUCACCACCUCCUCCUACACCACAAACUCCUCCCCAGUCACCUCCAUCGCCAUCUUCCUCCUCGUCUCCUCCCUAUAUUUCUAAGUCACCACCACCACAUUCAUCACCUCCACCACCUUCCCUCUCCCCUCCUAUACCUCCUAUUUACAAGUCACCACCUCCUUCUCCACAACCAACUCCUCCCUCAUCACCUCCAUCGCCAUCUUCCCCCUCGUCUCCUCCCUAUGUUUCUAAGUCACCACCACCACCUUCCCUCUACCCUCCUUCACCUUCAAUUUAUAUGUCACCGCCUCCUCCUACACCACCGCCUCCAUCGCCAUCUUCCUCCUCAUCUCCUCCCCAUGUUUCUAAGUCACCACCACCAUCUUCAUCAUCUCCACCACCUUCCUUCUCCCCUCUUCCACCUUUGAUUUCCAAGUCACCACCUCCUCCUACACCAACAACUCCUCACCCAUCACCUCCAUCGCCAUCUUCCUUCUCAUCUCCUCCUCAUAUUUCUAAGUCACCACCACCAUCUUCAUCAUCGCCACCACCAUCCCUCUCCCCUCCUCCACCUUCUAUUUCCAAGUCACCGCCUCCUCCUACACCAACAACUCCUCCCCCAUCACCUCCAUCGCCAUCUUCCUCCUCAUCUCCUCCUCAUAUUUCUAAGUCACCACCACCAUCUUCAUCAUCGCCACCACCUUCCCUCUCCCCUCCUCCACCUUCUAUUUCCAAGUCACCGCCUCCUCCUACACCACCAACUCCUCCCCCAUCACCUCCAUCGCCAUCUUCCUCCUCGUCUCCCCAUGUUUCUAAGUCACCACCACCACCACAAUCCCUCUCUCCUCCAUCUUCAAUUUACAAGUCACCACCACCAUCUUCAUCAUCGCCACCACCAUCCCUCUCCCCUCCUCCACCUUCUAUUUCCAAGUCACCGCCUCCUCCUACACCAACAACUCCUCCCCCAUCACCUCCAUCGCCAUCUUCCUCCUCAUCUCCUCCUCAUAUUUCUAAGUCACCACCACCAUCUUCAUCAUCGCCACCACCUUCCCUCUCCCCUCCUCCACCUUCUAUUUCCAAGUCACCGCCUCCUCCUACACCACCAACUCCUCCCCCAUCACCUCCAUCGCCAUCUUCCUCCUCGUCUCCCCAUGUUUCUAAGUCACCACCACCACCACAAUCCCUCUCUCCUCCAUCUUCAAUUUACAAGUCACCACCUCCUCCUACACCACAAACUCCUCCCCCGUCACCUCCAUCGCCAUAUUCCUCUUCGUCUCCACCCUAUGUUUCCAAGUCACCACCACCACCUUCCCUCUCCCCUCCUAUACCUUCUAUUUACAAGUCACCACCUCCUCCUACACCAACAACUCCUCCCCCAUCACCUCCAUCGCCAUCUUCCUCGUCUCCUCCCCAUGUUUCUAAGUCACCACCACCACCAACUUCCCUCUGCCCUCCUUCACCUUCAAUUUAUAUGUCACCACCUCCUCCUACACUAUCAACUCCUCCCUCGUUACCUCCAUCGCCAUCUUCCUCCUCAUCUCCUCCCCAUAUUUCUAAGUCACCCCCACCAUCUUCAUUAUCUCCACCACCUUCCCUCUCCCCUCUUCCACCUUCUAUUUCCAAGUCACCACCUCCUCCUACACCAACAACUCCUCGCCCGUCACCUCCAUCGCCAUCUUCCUCCUCAUCUCCUCCUCAUAUUUCUAAGUCACCACCACCAUCUUCAUCAUCUCCACCACUUACCCUCUCCCCUCCUCCACCUUCUAUUUCCAAGUCACCACCUCCUCCUACACCAACAACUCCUCCCUCAUCACCUUCAUCGCCAUCUUCCUCCUCGUCUCCUCCCCAUGUUUCUAAGUCACCACCACCACCACCACCAUCCCUCUCUCCUCCAUCUUCAAUUUACAAGUCACCACCUCCUCCUACACCACAAACUCCUCCCCCGUCACCUCAAUCGCCAUCUUCCUCUUCAUCUCCUCCCUAUGUUUCUAAGUCACCACCACCAUCUUCAUCAUCUCCACCACCUUCCCUCUCCCCUCUUCCACCUUCGAUUUCCAAGUCACCACCUCCUCCUACACCAACAACUCCUCGCCCGUCACCUCCAUCGCCAUCUUCCUCCUCAUCUCCUCCUCAUAUUUCUAAGUCACCACCACCAUCUUCAUCAUCUCCACCACCUUCCCUCUCCCCUCCACCACCUUCUAUUUCCAAGUCACCACCUCCUCCUACACCAACAACUCCUCCCCCAUCACCUCCAUCGCCAUCUUCCUCCUCGUCUCCUCCCCAUAUUUCCAAGUCACCACCACCACCACCAUCCCUCUCUCCUCCAUCUUUAAUUUACAAGUCACCACCUCCUCCUACACCACAAACUCCUCCCCCGUCACCUCCAUCGCCAUCUUCCUCUUCAUCUCCUCCCUAUGUUUCUAAGUCACCACCACCAUUUUUAUCAUCUCCACCACCUUCCCUCUCCCCUCCUCCACCUUCUAUUUCCAAGUCACCACCUCCUCCUACACCAACAACUCCUCCCCCAUCACCUUCAUCGCCAUCUUCCUCCUCGUCUCCUCCCCAUGUUUCUAAGUCACCACCACCACCAUCAUCCCUCUCUCCUCCAUCUUCAAUUUACAAGUCACCACCUCCUCCUACACCACAAACUCCUCUCCCGUCACCUCCAUCGCCAUCUUCCUCUUCAUCUCCUCCCUAUGUUUCUAAGUCACCACCACCAUCUUCAUCAUCUCCACCACCUUCCCUCUCCCCUCUUCCACCUUCGAUUUCCAAGUCACCACCUCCUCCUACACCAACAACUCCUCGUCCGUCACCUCCAUCGCCAUCUUCCUUCUCAUCUCCUCCUCAUAUUUCUAAGUCACCACCACCAUCUUCAUCAUCUCCACCACCUUCCCUCUCCCCUCCACCACCUUCUAUUUCCAAGUCACCACCUCCUCCUGCACCAACAACUCCUCCCCCAUCACCUCCAUCGCCAUCUUCCUCCUCGUCUCCUCCCUAUAUUUCUAAGUCACCACCACCACCACCAUCCCUCUCUCCUCCAUCUUUAAUUUACAAGUCACCACCUCCUCCUACUCCACAAACUCCUCCCCCAUCACCUUCAUCGCCAUCUUCCUCUUGGUCUCCUCCCUAUGUUUCUAAGUCACCACCACCACCUUCCCUCUCCCCUCCUAUACCUUUUAUUUACAAGUCACCACCUCCUCCAACACAACCAACUCCUCCCUCAACACCUCCAUCACCAUCUUCCUCCUCGUCUCCCCACAUUUCUAAUUCACCACCACCACCUUCAUCAGCUCCACCACCUUCUCUCUCCCCUCCUCCUCUUAUUUACAAGUCACCACCUCCUCCUGUACUAAGAACUCCCCCAACACCUCCAUCGUCAUCCUCGUCUCCUCCCCAUAUUUCUAAGUCACCACCACCAUCUUCCAUCUCCCCUCCUCCUCCUACACCACUAACUCCUCCCUCGUCACCUCCAUCGCCAUCUUCCUCCUCGUCUCCUCCCCAUGUAGCUAAGUCAUCACCACCAUCUUCAUCAUCUCCACCACCUUCCCUCUCUCCUUCUUCGCCUUCUAUUUAUAAGUCACCACCUCCUCCUACAAAAAUAACUCCUCCCCCAUCACCUCAAUCGUCAUCCUCCUCCUCGUCUCCUCCUCAUGUUUAUAAGUCACCACCAUCCACAUCAUCUCCACCUUCUAUUUAUAAGGCACCACCGCCUCCUUUAUUAUCUCCUCCCCCCUCUUUGUCAUCUCCACCGCCACAUUCAAUAUCACCUCCUACUUACAUUUAUAAGUCUCCUCCACCGCCAUCUUCAAUAUAACCUUCUCCUUAUAUUUAUAUAUCUCCACCAUUAUCUUUAUCACCUCUUCCUCCUUAUAUUUACAAAUCUCCACCAUCACCACCUUCUCCCUCGUCUUUCCCUCCAUAUAAUUACAUGUCACCUCCACCACCUUCUCUUUCUCCUCCAA